UGCGCUCUGUUAGAGGGCUUGGUCGAGCCUACAAAAGAUUUGGUAGUUAGGAAAAGAGUGCGACUGGUUUUUGGGAGCACGGCAGGGCGGCUGCAACAGCACUUCUUCCCACCUGAAGACCUCCGAGCGUGCCCCUCCUUUCUGAUCUUACAGGGUGUUCAGGUGUGUCGCCACAAGACGAGAGAAGGAGCCAGUUGCGUGUUUAAACACGGUCGGCAGAUACCUGACACCACGAGUACAGCAGAGAGAGGGCAGACGCUAAAAAGGAAGAUAAGAUUGGACCUCCAGGACUGAACGGGAUUUAAAGAGGAGGCAGGAGUUUAUAAGGUGCUUUUCUGCAGUCCAACGUGACAUUGACAUCAGUGAAAAUGCUGGAGACGAUGAAAGACAGAAUAAUGGAGGCCUAUGGCAGCCUUUUAGCAGGAAGAGACCCACGUGUGAAGGAUUAUCUUCUUAUGGAGAGUCCAGUCAAUAUGAGUGCUAUUUUACUAGGUUAUCUUUUCUUUGUAUUGUAUGCCGGCCCUAAGUUUAUGGCCAACCGCAAACCCUUCCAAUUAAAAGAAGCUAUGAUCGUCUACAACCUGUCUCUGGUUGCCUUGUCUGUAUAUAUCGUAUAUGAGUUUUUGAUGUCAGGGUGGCUCACAGGAUACACGUGGAGAUGUGACCCAUGUGAUUAUUCUGACAGCCCUCAGGGACUCCGAAUGGCUAGAGUCGCCUGGUUAUUCCUCUUCUCAAAGUUCAUUGAGCUUAUGGACACGGUGUUUUUUGUGCUGCGCAAGAAGGACGGUCAGAUCACCUUUCUACACAUCUUCCAUCAUUCCUUCAUGCCCUGGACGUGGUGGUGGGGUGUGAGCUAUGCUCCAGGUGGAAUGGGCUCUUUUCAUGCCAUGAUCAACUCUUGCGUCCAUGUGAUUAUGUAUUUCUACUAUGGCCUUUCUGCCGCUGGACCUCGAUUCCAGAAAUUCCUCUGGUGGAAGAAAUACAUGACUGCAAUCCAGCUGAUUCAGUUUGUGCUGGUGUCGCUUCAUGCAACACAGUGGUACUUUAUGGAGAGCUGCGACUACCAGGUGCCUCUGUUCCUCCACCUCAUCUGGAUGUACGGCACCUUCUUCUUCAUACUCUUCUCUAACUUCUGGUACCAGGCGUACGUCAAGGGCAAGAGGCUACCAAAGGACACCCAGCAGCUCGCCCAAAACGGCAAGGCCAACGGAAGCACCUCUAGGUCCAACGGUGUCUCGAACGGCCACAGCGCGCACGAAAACGGCAUUAGAAAUGGAAAGAAACACCAUGAGAAUGGAAACGUUCGCAAUGGCAAGAUAAAGAAAGCUUGAGAUCUCAGCAGGAGAAGACCCAAAAUGGAUGACCUGCACUUUGCACCAUAGAGUCCAAAGAGUGUUUUGGGACUUUUCGUUUUCUAAUAUUGUUUUUUUUAUGUUUUAAUUUGUACGUCAAAGUACAUGGGGAGAUGAAUGAGUUUGACCCCUUGUCUGUAUAUUGUUUUGUUAAGUUAAUCUAAAAGAGAAUAAUUAUUGAGCAAAAUGUAUGAAGAGAAGAGGAAGAGGGGCGACCGGAUGCAUCCUCGGCUGAUGUUGCUCAUGUUAUUUAUCCACACGCACACGAUUGUGUCUUUCAUACUCUCCUUCAAUAGCAGACCCUGUACAGUCAACAUCAGCAAACUUGAAUUACACCUGUAAAUAGUUUUACCUUAUUCACUAAUGGGAUUGAUACAGCAAAACAUUGUUAGUACUUAAAAAAAAUGUUAAAAGAAGUAUAAACAAAAAAUAAAUUCCAUUUUAAAAUACA